UUGAAGAAUGGACAAAUUUAAUACCUCUGAGAAUUCCUCUUGUGAUCCUAUACUGGCGCACCAUUUAACCUCGCUUUACUUCAUAGUGCUCAUUGGAGGGCUGGCAGGGCUCAUCUCCAUCCUGUUCUUGCUGGUGAAAAUGAACUCACGUUCAGUGACCACCAUGGCAGUCAUCAACCUGGUGGUGGUCCAUGGGUUAUUCCUGCUGACUGUGCCUUUCCGCUUGGCAUACCUCAUCAAGGGGACUUGGACAUUUGGAUUACCCUUCUGCAAAUUUGUGAGUGCCAUGCUGCAUAUACACAUGUACCUCACCUUCUUCUUCUACGUGGUGAUACUGGUCAUCAGGUACCUCAUCUUCUUCAAGCGCAGAGACAAAGUAGAAUUCUAUAGAAAACUGCAUGCAGUUGCUGCCAGUACUGCUAUGUGGCUUUUGGUGAUUGUCAUUGUGGUGCCCCUGGUGGUUUCUCAGUAUGGAAAUAAUGAAGAAUACAAUGACCAACACUGCUUCAGAUUCCAUAAAGAACUUGCCCGUGAUUAUGUACAAGUUGUCAACUAUAUGAUAGUGAUUAUUGUCAUAACCAUUGCGAUGAUUCUCUUGGGUUUCCAAGUCUUCAUCACAUUGUCCAUGGUUCGGAAGCUUCGACACUCCUUACUGUCCCACCAGGAGUUCUGGGCUCAGCUGAAAAACCUAUUCUUUAUAGGCAUAAUCCUUAUUUGUUUUCUUCCCUACCAGUUCUUCAGGAUUUAUUACUUGUACGUAGUGGCACACUCCAAGAACUGUAAAAACAAAGUUGCAUUUUACAAUGAAAUCUUCUUAAGCACAACAGCCAUCAGCUGCUAUGAUUUGCUGCUCUUCGUCCUUGGAGGAAGCCAUUGGGUUAAGCAAAAGAUUAUUGACCUAUGGAAUUGCCUUUUAUGCUAUUAGCCAAGACUACUACAGCAAUCAUUUCUUCCUGUUGGGAAUGGGAAUAAGCAAGGGAGGAAAGAAUGGCUUUGCAUUGCUUGAUCAAAACUUUGCCUUGGCCCAGACAAAGAAAAGGACUAAAAAGUAUCCAAGUGCUCCCUGUAAAAAAUGUCCAUGCAAAGACCAGUUGUAGUGAACCUACAUGGAAUUGCAAUUGCAUUAUUUUCAAACAUAGUGGUUGCUUGCUCCAUCCGGAAAACACGGGUCUGCUGGAUGCUGAAGUUCUAUCAGGGUAUGGUGACUUCCUGGGUUUGAGACAUGGUUUUCCCUGCCAGGCUUUGAGUUACAGUUAGGUGAAGAGUUAUUUUCAGUCUACUUCUCCUUCCAAAGGCUAAUCCUGGUUAUCAAACAGCUCCAAAGAGAUCAAGUCCACUUGUUGUACCAGACAAAUUGCCACAACCAACAUAAGCAGCCUGGCAAAAUAGCCAGGCAAGUGGAGGAGUAAGAAACUUUUCUGUAUCAUCCUAACUUUGGAGGGAGCAGCAGGACUUCUGCUUUAAGAAGCUUUCUAGCCUUGCCCUUCUGAAGGUUGUGUUUAAGGACAUGAGUAAUGAACUCUCAUCAAUCACUCUCUGGAAAUUCUCCGUAACCUUAUUAAGAUGCCGAAGUAAUGGUGAAAGUCUUAUAGAAUGCUCCUGGACAGUGUCCUGCUCACAGUGAAAUGAAUGGCAAUACAGGAUAAUUAACCUUUUUUCCUUUCCUGUUUUUGAAAAUAUUUUUAUGUCUUGGUCCACAGUUAAUGCAUUUUCCCCAUUUGAAGAUAAGAAGUUAUACUGUAAUAUUUAAGUUGCACUCCAUUCUUAAAAAUCAUAUGUUUUUAAAACAAAACCUGUAUUUUUGAGCAAAAAGAACUUCUGGGGAAAAUAUGGGAUAGUCCUUAAUUUAGAAUACAUGAGAUUAGGUUGCAUUAAGAGAGUCUUAGAAAAUGUUUGAAAAUGAAUGAAUAAAUAUGCUGGAAGGUAAUACCAUUCCAUCCUUUAAAAUAUUAAACCAUAUGGAUAUCUUUGCCAAAUUCUUAGUAACAUUUUGCAAUUUGGUUCAUAACUUGUGACAUAUGGCAUAUUAAACUGCAUUAAACUUUUAUUUCAAGAAUUCAUUAUUGAGUUCACAUACGGGUUUAUGGUUUGUACUUAAUUGGCUUUGUUUUUUUUUUGCCUUUUCCUCUUAUUCUGUCUCUCUUAGUUUCAUGAUCUUGAUAGUUUUCAGGGAACUGAGCCAUAUCCAUAUUUAAGCCUCCAGACAACCUGAAGUCAUUAGUGGUGUGAGUAGAAGGACAGGUGAGUCACCAGGGCUCUUCUUCCCGGAAGGGACAUUCUUACACCUAAAAGACUUUUGUUAGUUGCUGCUGUUCCAAGGAUCCCAAGUUCCUCUGAGGGACAAGAUGUGCCCUGUGAGACUUGAGUUUCAGUGGAAUUACCAAGGCAUAGCAACUUAUUCUGGAGAAAAACAUGUAGCAACACACUGAAAAUUUGACUCUUUCUAACUUUUCCUCUUUAAAAUUUCAGCUCUCCAUUUCCAUCUCUUUUUAAAAAAACAUUUCUUUCAUUUACUACUUGUUUUCUGUUCCCAUUUAUUUUCUAAGUUUUUUCCUCACUUUGACUCAUAAAGUUUGUAUGACCAUUGCUAAGAUUCAUAAACAUUUUAAGAAAAUUUGUAACACCCACAAAAUGUAUAAGAAAAUAAAGAUAGGUGAAAUAUUUAAAAUAAGCUUUACUUGAGAAAGUUUCAGGAGGGCUUUCUUCUUAUGGCUACUAUAAGUGUAGACUCUGCAUCAUACUUUUAUAGACUGGAUUAUAUCUUUCAGACUUUAGAUAUACUGAUACAAAGCAGUUAUGCAUUUUUCAAUAUUAUAAUAAGUGGCCCAUAUAUUUCUAUGGGUCUAUAUAUGGAAGUAUUAUCCAGAAUAUAGAAAUGCAGCAUUCUGUAAUUUAUAAUACCUUAUUGAU